GCGAGAAUUCCUGCCUGUCGGUUCAGGGUAGCACGUGGGUUAGUAAUGGCGGCGCCCUGUUCAGCUUGAAGAGGCGUAAUGGGAGAAGAAACAUGUUAGCAUUGGAAAGAAUUAACAUACUGUAAGAAACAGGAACCAUGUCUCUCAAAGACAUCCGUGAAGGACAGCCAAUGUCCAGAGCCAUGAUCAUGGAAAUGCUGGCCAAGAGAUUUGAAAGGCUGCCAGACUUUGAUAGGAAGCUGUUCGCUUAUGGACCGGUGUACUUGGGUGGUAAUGCUGGACUGGCAGGUCUAAUUGCAAACAGUUUGUACAGGAGAGUGCUGAACGUAACCCAAGGAGUGUUUACUUCCGGCCUUCCCAUGGCCGUACUUCCCUUUCUUACAACUGUGGCGUUAUAUAAUGCAACUGUUAGCAACCCUUUAUUAGCAGGUGACCUCGACUGCCCAACUUGUGCCCUGCUGAGGGGUGGUUUAGUAGGUGUAAUUGGUGGUGGAAUAUACCCCAUUUUACUGGCACUGCCAGUCAAUGCUGGGCUUGCAGCAAGGUACAGCAGUGCUCCAAUGCCAGAGAAGGGGAACAUGAUCCGCUUCUGGACGACCCUCAGCAAGCCUAUUGUAAGAAAAAUGUAUGCUGUGCUGUUACUCCAGACCCUGUUUGGUACAUAUUUAGGUUCCAAACACUUUGAGAUCUACCAAAAGAUGCUUAAAUUACCAGAACCAGAUUCUGAGGACUUACAUGACUAAGCAGACAUUUUGAAAGAAAAUGCACAAUGUUUGUGCAUGACUCUCAAAUUCCAGGUGUACACUGUGUCUUGAAAACAGACCUUAAUCUAAUUUCUUUUUUGCUUUUGAUACAUCAUUAAAGCCUAAUGCACUAGGUUGAAA